AUGGAGGCUGCCAAGGCGACGCCGACUCUGCCUCUGCUACCGGGAGAUACGCUCGAGUCGAAUUACUACGUUUAUUUCUUCUCUGAUAUCAUCAGCCAGUUGGAGAUCACGCCGUAUCUGAACAGAGACUUCUGGAAUAGGAAUAUUCUUGUUCCGAGUCAGAGUAGCGAGUGCGUUCGACAUGCGGUGUUGGCUUUGGGAGCGACGCAUUGGCAGUAUUCGGCGCGGAACGAAGUAUCAGCUGCGUCACUUGAUCGAUUCGUUUUGAGGCAUUAUAACGAAGCUAUAUCGAAACUGACAAGCAACCAAGAGUCACCGCCGGAUAUGUCAACGGUCUUGACGUGUUGCAUAUUAUUCGUUAUUCUGGAGAGUCUUCGUGGGGACUUUGGCGAAGCAAUUCGACAUCUCGAGUCCGGAACUAGGAUCCUGACAAACCACAUCCCAAAAACAUAUCUCCCCAAUCGCGAUUUCCAAGAACUAGCUGCAAUAUUCCACGCAAUCGCCUCACAAGUCGCCAUCUUUUCUCCGGAGCGCGUAUUCCCCGACGUGACGCAUCUUCUGAUGCCAGCGGCAAAAAAACAAAAGCGCAUCGAGGGAGAAUUCAGAAACCUCGAUGAAGCAGAAGAUGUCAUGAAUAAGUUUGACGACAUGGUGAAUCAUAUUUCUUGGGAUCUUGAUCAGGAAUGGGAGAAUGAAGAAUCAGAGUGUAACACGCAAUGGUCGAUAUUACGAGAAAACGUACAAACAUGGCAAUGCCAGUUUGAAGUUCUGAUCAAGAAGUUAUCAGCUGGCAAGGAGCCUAUUGACACUGAAAAAGUACUUAAUCUGCGGAUACAGCAUAAACUAUGGGAACUCCUCAUCGAGGAGCAAUCCUCCGUCGACGAAGACGUCGAAGCUCAUCUUGAUCCCGCCGAGUGCAAUAUUCUGCUCGAUCAAUUGGAGAAACUAUGGUGUAACCCAUCACGACCACGCUUCGGUCUCAAGAUCGACCUUACAGCAGCUUUAUUCCAACUCUACGUGUACUGCACGGAUGAAAAUGUCCGACAUAGGAUUAUAUUCAUGUUGAGAGCGCAGAGCAGGAGGGAAAUAAUUUGGGAUAGCGGGCAGUUGGCGGAUUUUCUGGAGAAUGACAUGGUGCUGAGGGCUGUUGGGUUGCAGACGGAUCGAUGGCCUGAGAUAGGACCUUCAGCUAGUGACGGAGCGUUGUUGGUGUUUCGGCCAAAGAGCUCAAGGGAAAGUUCCGAAUCUUGA